GCGCCUUUUGGGCAACACCGCUGAUGACCUCGUUCCCAUAUUUAUAAAUAGCUAGUUACCAGUCCUGCACGUCCUCUUCUCCACACCUUUCGUUCACGGUCGGAAUGUUUCAUCGUUUGCCUGCAAAAAACAUGAUUUGCCGCUAAAGGGUUUCGACCGGACCUGCCCGGUAAGCGGAAGCUGGAAGUUGCUUGAUGAAGUACUAAGAUGGUACUUGUUUUCACCUGUUUUCACCAGUAACUUAAAUCUACCAAGAACAAUAUGGCCUCUGUUUUAUCUGGCACUGAAGGCAAAGACAACUUCAGCAGACUCUGUCGUUUGCUGGUCGAUGGCGGCACAAAAGCACUGCUCACUGUCUUCAACUCCAGCCAUCCUCCAAGCUCCCUUGAAGCAAGUCUAAAGAAGAACAAAGCUACCCUGAAGAAACUUUUAAAGAAGAAAGUCAUCAGACAAGAACAGUGGGAUCUGUUGUUUCCCCCUAGCGGUUCACAGCCUAAUGCUAAGAAAUACGACAUAACGCUUCUGUUUUGCCUUCUCCGCAACAUAUGUAAUCUCACACCACCAUUAACUACUUUAAGUUGGGAUGUUCUACCUCCUUCAACAGACACCACGAAGGAGGCAAACAUGUGCCGACUAAAGUGGUAUCGAAACAAAAUAUUCGCUCAUGUCAAGUCCACAGAAUUGAAGGAAGGGGAUUUCCUUCAAUGCUGGUCUGAAAUCUCAAAAGCUAUAGUCAAUCUAGGAGGGGUGACUGAGGGCGAAGUUGACGCCCUAAAGGAUGCCCCUCUUGGAGAGGAGUACAAAAACGUCCUGGAAGACUGGUAUUACCAUGACCUGGAGCUAGCCAAGGAGGUGUCUGAACUGAAGGCCACCACAGCUAAAGAAUUUUCCAAGCUGUCUGCCACAACAGAAAAGAUGUCAGGAGACAUACAGCACACAACUGAAGAAGUAUCAAAGCUGAAGGUCACUACAGAGAAGAUUGCAGGAGACAUACAGGACAUCAAGAGGUCUAUACAGGGACAAAGCUCAAGUGGACAUGUGGCCAACAUUAGCAAUGUGACCCUUAAGGACGGUGCCACAUCUGCUGUUGCGGACAAUGCCACUGUGUCAAACACUGUCUCAGCCUCAGUGGAGAAGCCACACACCAGACCUAAAGUUAUUGAAAACCUGAUCAAGUGUCUGCGUGAAAAGUACACAACUGGUGAGAAUGCAUUGAUAGAGCCGCUUGAUAACCUCCAUGGCAAUGACUUUGGUGGUAUUAGGUAUGACUUCCACCUCAACAAGAUGUUCUCGGAGCUGAAACUGGUCAAUAGAGACGAUGGCCUUGACGUGAAGAUGGAUGGCCUGUUUGUUGUUGAUGGGCAAUUGAAGGAAGCAUGCAGAGUACUAAUAGAGGGGGAAUCAGGUGCCGGCAAAACUACUUUGUGUCAAAAGCUUGCCUUUGACUGGGCUAAAGGAGAAUUGCCUACAUCUGAAUCUUUUCCAGAAGUUGAACUGCUGCUCUUUUUGAGAUGCAAAGAAAUGAAAGAUGGGGGAAUUGCCCAAGCAGUGCAGGAGCAACUCCUGUCAUCAGAAACCUCUGAUGAGGAGAGAGGGCAGGUGUUUGAUUACAUGAAGAAGAACCAGUCUAAGAUCCUAAUGAUCUUAGACGGCUACGAUGAACUUCCAUUAGAGGCGAGUAACGUAAAAGAAAGCUUAGGUAAAGUAAUAACUAGGAAAGAUUUUGCCAUGAGUAACGUUCUCGUUACAAUCAGGUCACAGGAAGCCAGACCAGAACAAAUUAGUCAAGGUUACAACUUAUACAAGCACUUUGUGGGAGGCAAUGUUCUACAUCUCGAGGGAUUGUGUGAUGUACAGGACUACAUAAGAAGGGUUUUUCCUCUAGAUCAAUUUUUUCCUCGAAUUAUCUUACAAGGGAUUUCCAAUUUUGAUUUAUCUAAUCCCCUAACAUUAGCUCUUUAUUGUCUUUGCUUUCAAGAACAUAGUCAGACUAAUGCAAAUGAAACUUUCGAAAAGGAAAUCAGUCUAAGGCAACUUUACGAUGAAGUAGUGUACUUACGGACAAGACGAUUUUGCGAAAAGGAAAAUAGGAGCUUAAACGAGGACGAGAUUCGAGCGCUACAUUUGGAACUCGGUAAAAUUGCUUUUGAUUCUCUGAAAAAUAAUGCCGUCACUUUCCAUUGCAAACCAUCAGAAGACCUGAUGAAAAUAGGUUUUCUUAGAAAGGAGAAGCCGUCAAUACGGUCUGUGUUUUUGUAUUCUUUUAACCACAAGUCUUUUCAGGACUAUUUCUGUGCUUUGUAUUUGGCCAGCAGACUUGCGCAAGGAAUCGUUGAUCCUGAACUCUUACGUAAUGAGACCUUUUUUUAUACUGCUACCAUGUACGAUCUCGCAGUUAUGGUUGGUGGCAAUGCGAGAAAAGCCAUAGAAGCACUCGCGCCGUUGGUACCAGAAAUGUCAUCGCUGGGGGUACCCACUUGUGAUUAUCAUGAGCAUUGGUUACCGUUCUCUCUGCUUUGUGAUUGUUUAGCAGAAUGCGAAGAUAUCGAAUGUCGUUGGCUACAAGAGGUAUGUCAGCGUUUGCCGUGCAGAGUUGCUGCUUAUGUCAGUCAUUCUAGCACUUUAAUUGGAUUGUCACAUUUGUUGUCACGCGAUUCGUCUGAAAUAUUGAGCCCGCAAACUGGCCGUAGCGCCAGUGGUGCGCCUCCCCUCAGUCACCUCACUAUUUUGAUUGACAAACAGGGCACCACAAUUCCUCAGCAGCUCGUCGAUGCGAUGGCUUCCUCCUCGUCUUUACUAACCCUGAACCUCACGAUUUCAAAGUCUUCUGAAAACAUCAAAAGCUCGAUAGACGACCUCCUGUCACGUAACUCAUCAAUCCGGUAUUUUGUUUUCUGUCCAAAUAAUAAAUACACGACAUGGGUUACAUUGGUCAAGUCUUUGAUAGACAAUUCUACCCUAUCGACAUUUCACAUUCAAUCUCCAAGUAUAGAUGACAACUGUGCCAUUGCAUUGGACGAGGUAUUAUCUGGCAAUACUACUCUUACCGAUAUUUACAUUGGGGGAGGAAUUUUGGGAGAUGCUGGCGUUCAGCAUAUUGCAGAAGCAUUGAAGUUCAAUACUACAAUACGAACACUCGCGAUAAAUCCUCGUCGCGUGACGCCUGAUGCCGGUCAGGCUUUGGGUGAAAUGUUGAGGCACAACAAUACUAUCACGAGACUGACAUCGAUUCAUGGUAAUAUUGGCGAUCUAGGUGCGCAACGUAUUUCUGAUGGCCUUGCUCUGAACACAAAAGUGACCGAACUUAUAUUAGUUGACGCAGGGAUUGGCCCCUCUGGCACUCAAGCAUUAGCGAAAGCCAUACAAAAUGUGACACUUUUAGAUAUGAGUAUUAACCCAAUAGGACUAGCAGGACUAAAUGCUAUUGCAAACAUACUUCAGGACAACAGUUGCAGGCUGAAGACUCUGAUACUUGAUGGCUGUGGUAUAAAUAUGUUCGGUGCAAGAUCGAUUUCUAAAGCGUUAUCGAAAAAUACUUCUCUCGAGAAACUAUCUUUAGCAUGUAACAACAUAGAUGACGAAGGUAUGUGUGCACUUGCGAAGUAUGUGACUAAGACUAAAUCUUUACAGUCUCUUGACAUCUCGUAUAAUCACAUCAGUGAUGUCGGUAAGAAGGCCAUUAUUGACGCUUGCUCAGAAAGUGAGUCACUGCAGCAUCUGUUUCACGAGAGUGAUCCCAUUCUAAACAGUUGCUCCAAGCCGCACUCGCUCUCUAUUUGGAUUCGUGAUGAACUUAUUUUUCAGAAAAUGAAGGAGAAAUUGGGAUUUCCUAUUCAUAACCCGUACAAAAGAUAUCACCGAGGUGUGGAAUGCAAAGUUGAGAAGUAUUUAGCAGUACAGUUACGUUGAAAAUAAGAUAAUUGUAAUAAACGCCGUUUCUAAGAUAGGGCGCGUGAUUAGAUUAACUAAUUUAGAGAUAAACAACUAGUCCUAUAUAGCUUAUGUUUUUUAGGCUCAUCAUUAUACUGAUGAACACAACGAGGCUUUCGUUAAUCCUAAGGUGUAGCUCUCAGUUUUGCGUGCGUUUUGAUACGCGACGUCAUAGCGUGACAUGACAGGGAAGUACAAGUAUGUUGUUGUUGUUCGUGACACGCUGUGACGUUUCUCUCCAAAUAAUGAUAGGACAUGCUCGAAAUCCGUUUCUCCACCAAUCACAUGUCUUGUAUACAGCGGUCUCUCCACCAAUCACGUGUCUUGUAUACAAGCGGUCUCUCCACCAAUCACGUGUCUUGUAUACAGGCGGUCUCUCCACCAAUCACGUGUCUUGUAUGCAAGCGGUCUCCACCAAUCACGUUUCUUGAGUACAAAUGGUCUGUACUCAAUAUGAUUUUGAGCUUUGCAGAGCGCCUGUUCUAUAUCAACAAAUUAGUUAUUCAUUGUAAACAUUUUCUUAUUGAUUAUUCAAAGUCCUUGUAUAUGUAAAGGACCUCAAUAAAAACGCUGUAUAUCAACGUCUUA